AUGGUGAUGGAGGUGAAUCAGAUUGUUCAACGUGGUCACACAGUUACGUUCAACAUCGAUGGCGUCACAGUGAAAAAUCCUGAGGAACAGGUCAUCGCCACAGGGAGUCGAGUGAAUGGUCUAUUCAAGUUGAACCAAUUAUCGUCUUCUAGAAAAGCAUUGGCUUGCUCGUCGGUGGCCACCGACGGUGUGGCACAGAAGGAUGGGCCAUAUCAAUUUCAACAGUCUGCAGCGUCGCGGAGAAUCAGCGUUUAUUUUUUGAUCGAGAAAUCAGCGGAAAGCGUGUUUAAAGCCUUUGAAUAUUUCCGGCGCUCAGCUGAGAGGCAGACUGGUAAGAAAUUAAAAGUGCUACGUACCGAUAAUGGAAAGGAGUUUUUUAAUAAACUCCUGGGUGAUCAUCUGAAACGUCUUGGCAUCCGUCAUCAAACUUCGGUGGAUUAUACGCCAGAACAAAAUGGUCUGGCGGAGCGUGCCAACCGGACCAUAGUAGAACGUGCACGGUGCAUGUUGUUCGAUGCAAAGUUGCCAAAAAGUUUUUGGGCGGAGGCAGCAGCAACAGUGGUUUAUUUGGUAAAUCGUUCUCCGACGAAGGGCCACGGACAGACACCGGAAGAGAUCUGGAGCGGAAAGAAGCCAAGUCUGGCACACGUCCGUGUUUUCGGGUCGCCUGUGAUGGCACACAUACCAAAACCGAAACGUAAGAAGUGGGAUGCAAAGGCUCACGAAUGCAUUCUUACUGGUUUUGAAGAAGACGCUAAAGCUUAUCGUCUGUGGGAUCCGUUAGCGAAGCAAAUAAUCAAGCGACGUGAUCUGGACCUUGAUGGUGAAUUACCGUGGAAGCCGAUUUCCUGCGAAAGGGCACCCACCGCGCAAGGUGGCAUCGAUAAUUCUGAAGUCGUACUUAGUGACGAAGACAAAUCUGACAGCGUAUACGGUGAUACCGUGGAUCCGGAUUAUGAUGACAAUGCGUUGAGGCGAAGCGGCAGGGAGCGUUUCCUCACAGACAAGUUAAAAGAUUUAUUUUUUAUGAGCACUGGAUUGCCUUCCGAUCGAUUUUCAGAUGGAGCUGACAACAACGUGGCAUCGUCCGCCACUGAAGAUCCUGAAGCUGAAACAAGUGGCUUGCAGCAGGGACUUGUGAUCACCAAUCGUUCGAAGCAUACUGGUGAUCCACGAACUCCAUACGAGGCAAUCAACAGUCAACACGGCGAUCAGUGGAAAGCUGCAAUGGACGAGGAGUUUAAUUGGAAACGAUACUUGGGAACUGGUCGAGCUGCCGCCGAACCGGAAAGCCAUUGGAUCCGGUUUCGGAUGUUAGUUAAACACGUGGAUGUGAAGAAAGUUGGAAAGUUGGAAGAGCCCAUCUACAUGAAGCAGCCUGAAGGUUACACCACUGGGAACUCAGACACGGUAUGCUUGCUGAAAAAGAGUUUAUACGGUUUAAAGCAAUCCGCUCGAGUAUGGAAUCAACGAAUCGACGAUGUAUUCCGAAGAAUGGGAUUCGUGGCUUCGAUUGCGGACUCGUGUCUGUACGUUCGACGAAGGACAUCAGCCACGUGUGUUUUACUCUACGUCGACGACAUGCUCAUCGUCACUGAAACUGCAGACGAAUUUGCGGCAAUUUUCCGUCAGCUGCAAAAGAAUUUCGAAGUUGCCAAUCUGGGUGAUGUUAAGCAUUUCCUUGGAAUUGAAAUCGAGCGUGAUUCAGCCUACCUACAACAGAAGGAGGAGGAGAAUCGACUGCCCAGUAACACCCAGUAUCUCAGUCUGAUAGGUGGUCUACUGUAUGUGGCUGUUCAUUCGCGCCCAGACAUCGCAGUUAGCACUUCAAUUUUGGCACAGAAGUCAAGUUAUCCCACACAGUUGGAUCAGGAAGCGAAAAGGGUACUGAGGUAUUUGAAGGCUACAUGUGACCACAAAUUGCAUCUUGGGUCGCAAAGCACAGGAUUGGAACUGUUCGCGGAUGCUGACUGGGCGGGUAACUAUCGUGAUCGAAAGUCAAACACAGGAUUCCUGAUUCGUUUUGGUGGUGGCGUCACAAGCUGGGCAUCCAGGAAGCAAAGCUGCGUCGCUUUAUCUUUCACUGAGGCGGAAUUCGUGUCGUUGGCAGAAGCAUGCCAAGAGCUGACUUGGGUGAAGAAGCUGUUAACUGAUUUCGGUGUGGAUGUCUCGGAGCCGGUACCAACCUUUGAAGACAACCAGAGUUGCAUCAAGCUCAUCAACAGUGAUAGGAUCGAAAAGCGCUCGAAGCAUAUUGAGACCAAAUAUUUCUAUGUUAGGGAUCUCCAGGAGAAGAAACAAAUUUUGUUAAAAUACUGUCCAACCGAAGAAAUGCUCGCGUGGAGCCGAUCAGGCGUAGUGGCCUAUUGCCGCUCGUAA